AUGGAACGACUCGAGGUGGAACAGAGACUACUAGCCCGAAUGGUGUACCGAAGGUCUAGAGGAACGCCGCUGCAGUACAUUCUCGGAAGCCAGCCUUUCGGCAACCUGGAAAUAGAAUGUCGAGAGGGGGUCUUAAUACCUCGCUCGGAGACGGAAACAUACACAGAACAAGUGGCACAGAUAUUGUCCCAGCUCAUUCGCCAUGUCGAUAAAGGCUUAGAUACCAAGCACUCCCAACGAAAGCGGAUCCGUAUCCUUGAAUUAUGCUCGGGGACUGGUUGUAUCGGACUUCUGCUUCACUCGAUCUUGAAGCCACCCUCGGCAGCUACUUCUUCAAAUCGUGGUUCAGUGAAUGAAGAUCUUGACCUAGAAAUCCUGGGACUUGACAUAUCUGAACGAGCCAUAAAUCUUGCAAGGGCGAAUCUGAGGAGCAACGUCGAGAAGGGUCAUUUACAUCUCGAGGCUCUUACAGACAUUCAAUUCGCCAAAUGUGAUAUCCGCGACGUGGACAGUAUUCCAGAUGAACUCUACAUUGAGACGGUGGUGGGAGGAAACGGUACGACACAUGCCAGCUUCAGGCCAAAAUCUAAGGAUCGGGACGAACAUAACACAUCUUGGGAUAUAGUCAUCGCCAAUCCACCAUACAUCUCGAAGAAGGAGUUCAUCGGGUCCGGUGUUGUCGAGAAGAGCGUGCGGAGAUACGAACCCAGGUUGGCAUUGAUACCACCAGAUGACGCACAGGCGGCAGACCAGCCCAAUCAACCCGACCUCUUUUAUCGAUUGCUUCUUUCGAUCGCCGGCAAACUCCAUGCUUCUAUCCUAAUCAUGGAGGUCGGAGACACGGCACAGGCGAGCCGUGUGCUUCGACUGGCCUCCAAGAAACUGGCCUCUGACGAUACCCAGCCGCAGAUCGAGUCGUGGCGGGACGACGGCUACGUGAGACAAUUUCCCAUGCACAACCCACAACCAAAUAUGGAUAGAGAAACCAAGGCCAAGGCCAGUGCUAUGGAGGAGAAUGUGUCUGACCGAGUAGUCGUCUGUUGGCGGAAUGAGUGGGCGACAUGGCGACGAGAAUCCACGAUAAACAGCUGA